CACACAGCCUGUGAGCCACAAGCCUGGUGUCCCCAGAAAACGACUCAUGGAGUCAUGGAGACACUCCCCCUUAAUGAACCACUGUCUGUGGCCCCACUUACCUCAGAAGAUGAGAAUACACUGGAGGCCCUCUUCUCAAACAAGAAGAACCUCCACAAACAAAAGCUGGCCACCGAAAGCCCAACAACCAUACCACCCCAGCCUAUUACCACAAAGGCCACAAGCGAGGACGACAACCUCUGCAGCUCACCUGAUGGGCCCCCCAGUCCCCUAACAAUCAGAAACUUGAGGUACAUGACCACAAAUACAAGGGACACAUUACAACUAGACACAAGAAAGCAUGCUAGAUCCCCGACAGCUGCCAAAUUACAAGGACUGUCCAGAGCGCCUCCUAGAAUCCAUCUCUGCAAAAAAUCCAUCAUAAAAUCAGGGACCAGCACCCAACUCUACCCUGGAAACCUGGACGCCCCCCAGGAUGUCUUCACAAUGGCGAGUACGAACGAGAGCCAGAGCGAAAACAUGCUCCGAUCAGACAUAACUCCCUCUGAGUACCCCCCCCCCUGGCACCCAGUAACCAGUGCUGAGGACAUUAAUGAGAUGCAAAAUCUAGCCAUGUAUGAGACCACAAAAGCAGAGAGACCAAAAGAUGGAAAAGAGGACUACAACUGGAUCACCCUCAGACAUGACCUCGAGAAAUUCAUAGCACAUGGACUCUGCCCAUCCUGCCUGCUAGAAGGAGCUAACCCAGCCAGAGCUGAACACAGAAGGAGCUAUCCUGGCCUUGCCACUGGAUGCAGCCUACAACGAAGAAAACACAUGCAACUUCCAAACUAAUAUGGAAAUCUUCAUCGAAAGA